GUAUCAUCUGCUUGACGUUGGCACGCGGCUCUUCAAUUGCUGGGAUGAAACCCUCGAGCCGGCUCUUGGCGUCGUUGCGCGAGGGUAACUUGCUGUAUGCGACGAAUUUGUUUGUUAUGUCCGUUGCAAACACGGUUUUCUUCGGCCUCCCUCUCACACAAGGUUGGACGGGCCUUCUCGACGUGUGAGCUACAGUACCUACAAUCCUUUCAUAUGACAUAGCAACUUACUCACGUUCUUCUCUUGGCCGACACCUUACUUCUUGGCCAACAUUUUCCUUUCUGGGCUGACUUUUCUGUUUCCGAAUCACUCACUUCUAGCUUCCAAGGCGUGUUGCACGGCGUCAUGGCGUCACGUAUCAUCCUCUCCCUACGAAACGCGGACAACCGUGAAGGCGCCGAGCGGGUCCCGGAAUCACUAGCAUUGAGCUCACUGGGGACCAUGGAAUUCGCGUCGGAGGCGUCGGAGGCGACAAAAGUUGCUAGUAACUGGUCGCGGACCGAGGUUCAAGCAUAACGUUGGCGGCAGGCGAAAAGUAUGCACCCUUGUGUACGUUUAGACAGCUCUUGACGCGACCAUCGGCACGAUCGAAGACAUUCGUGAUAUGCAUGCUGUCUAUCUUAUACUAUUGAAUAAUCC